CCCCCAAACCCGCAGCAGCCGAAUCCUCCUUGAGUGUGGAAGAAACAAAUAAACUCCGGGCCAAGCUGGGGCUGAAACCCUUGGAGACCAACACGGUCAAGAAAGAGACGGGCACGAAGGAGGACCCGGUGGCCGCCGACGUCAUCAACCCCCUGGCCCUGAAACAGCGGGAGGAGAUCCGGGAAAAGCUGGCGGCAGCCAAGGAAAACGGCUCCUCAACCAGAAACUGGGGAAGGUGAAGACGCUGGGGGAGGAGGAGCCCUGGUUGGACGACGCAGCCGCCUGGAUCGAGCGCAGCCGAGCCCUGCAGAGGGAGAAGGAGCUCGCCGACAAAAGGGCGAAGCUGCUGGAGGAGAUGGACGAGGAGUUCGGGGUGAGCCCCUUGGUGGAGGAGGAAUUCCAGCGGCGCCGCAGGGAGCGAUACAGCGCCCGUGACCUGCAGGGGCUGACGGUGGAGCACGACCCGGCCUCCAUCCCCGAGGGCCAGACCCUGGUGCUGACACUCAAGGACAGGGGGGUGCUGGAGGCGGGGGAGGACGUGCUGGAGCAGUCAGCGCUGGCGGCGCAGGAGCGGGCGCGCCAGGAGCAGGAGCUGCGGCGCAAGAAGCCGCCCUACGUCCCCUACGAGGAGGAGGAGCCCGGCCCCGCCCCCCAG